CUACUUUGAUCCCUAGUGUCGAGUUGGCUGUCAUCUUAAUAUUAUUGGUGAUGGCAUUUUGCCUGUCUGAAGAAUAACCUUACUCCCUGUCUUCUCUCUUAUCCUACUCCCAAGGCCCCCACUCUGAUCUCCAUCGUCGCGGCCGAGCGCCGCCUCUGGGCAACCAUGAUGGCCUUCCAGCUCCCCAUUCCCAGGCCGAAUGUUGCUGCGGCGACUUCGGACCUGUGGCCGGCAAUGUCGACGACGCUGAACGCGCCCUGGAAGAACGCUAAACGUACCUUUUCCGCCUCCGCCUCCGCAGCGUCUCAGCUCCCCGCCCAGCGCACGCCGGCGGAAGCGAGUUCAACGACACUCCGUGGCGUUUCACUUCCCGAGUGCUUGAACGUAGUGUCCCCCGAAGCGCUAAGGGCAGACGUGUUGUAUAAGCCCAUGCAAUCUUGGCCCUCGUUUCGGACUACCUCUCUCGCGCUCCGUCCCUUCUCGUCUCGUUCCUAUUCCACGGUGACCAAGGGUCUGGUCGGUUUCCACGCCGCUCCCAAGGUCAACGGACUCUCCAGGCUACAGCAACAACGAUUCCUCUUUGGCGGCCCGUCUCACAACCUGUUGGCUCAGAAGGAAAAGACCGCGAACAACAACCCCAACAGCGCCAGUGCCCAGAAUGCUUUCUACCAGUCCCUCCUCCGCGCCAACAUGCCCGCGAUUGUCGUCGAACGAUAUAAGAGUGGUCAUUUUGCCAGCAACCCUCUCUCGGAAGCCAUCUAUCUCAAGUCCCUGCAAAAGGUGGGUGGCGCUGACGCCGCCGCCGCCGUCGCCCCCGGUACCAACCAGAACCUGAAUCCCGAGCAACUGCAGGCCAUCGGCCAGGCGGUCGCGGCCCGGAAUCAUGGCGGUCAGGUCGGAAUGGCAACCAAGCAAAACGGGACCGGUGCGAAAGAGGCUCCCCUGUACGUCGUCGUGGAAGAGUCGCUCGGCAGCGCCGUGUUCCGUUGGGUUAAGUUCCUGCUCUACUUCGGCUUCUUCACGUACUUGUCUCUUGUCCUGGUCACUAUCCUUGUCGAAACCACCGGUGUUUUGAAGAACAUCCGCGGCCCCCAGAACAACGAAGCGCAGCCUCAGCAACAGACCGUCCGGUUUAGCGACGUGCACGGAUGCGACGAGGCCAAGGAUGAGCUGCAAGAGCUGGUGGAGUUCCUGGUGAACCCCGACCGUUUCUCGUCCCUCGGUGGCAAGUUGCCCAAGGGUGUGCUUCUCGUGGGCCCUCCCGGCACUGGUAAAACGCUCCUGGCUCGCGCCGUCGCCGGCGAGGCUGGGGUUCCGUUCUUCUACAUGUCUGGCUCUGAAUUCGACGAAGUGUAUGUAGGCGUCGGCGCCAAGCGUGUCCGCGAACUGUUCAACCAAGCGCGGGGCAAGGCUCCGGCCAUCAUCUUCAUCGACGAACUGGAUGCCAUAGGAGCCAAGCGCAACGAGCGGGAUGCGGCCUAUGUGAAACAGACGCUGAACCAGCUGCUCACUGAGCUCGACGGAUUUUCCCAGACCAGCGGUGUGAUCAUCAUCGCGGCCACCAACUACCCUCAACUGCUGGACAAGGCCUUGACGCGUCCCGGUCGUUUCGAUCGGCGGGUGGUCGUCGGACUGCCGGAUGUGCGUGGUCGCAUGGAUAUCUUGCGCCACCACAUGAAGGAGGUUCAGACCGGCACGGAUGUCGACGUCGGCGUGAUCGCUCGCGGUACGCCCGGUUUCUCUGGAGCCGAUCUUGAAAACCUGGUCAAUCAGGCGGCCAUCCACGCCAGCCGGGACAAGAAGACCAAGGUGGGCGCCAAGGACCUGGAUUGGGCCAAGGACCGGAUCAUGAUGGGUGCCGAGGCGCGCAGCCGGGUCAUCCAGGAUAAGGACAAGCUGCUGACGGCGUACCACGAGGCGGGGCACGCGCUGGUGGCCUACUUUUCGCCAUCGUCAACGCCGCUGUACAAGAUCACUAUUGUUCCCCGUGGCAUGGCGCUGGGUGUGACCCACUUCCUGCCCGAGAUGGACAUGGUGUCGCGGAACUAUACUGAAUACCUGUCGGAUAUUGAUGUGUCGAUGGGCGGAAAGGCUGCGGAAGAGCUUAUCUUUGGGCCUGACAAGGUCACGAGCGGUAUCUCCGCUGACAUCCAACAAGCCACCGAAACCGCCUUUACUCUGAUCACCCGAUUCGGCUACUCCAAGAAACUCGGAAACGUCGACCUGUCGAGCAACUACGACAGCCUGUCCUCGGAGACCAAGCAGGAGAUCGAAGCCGAAGUGCGCCGACUCGUGGAGGAGGCUCGCGCGCGCGCGUCCACCAUCCUGACCGAAAAGCGCAGCGAGCUCGAACUGCUGACCAAGGCGCUGAUCGAGUACGAGACUCUGACCAAGGAGGAAAUGGAGAAGGUCCUCCGGGGCGAAAAGCUGCCCAAGUUGGAGAUCGCGCCCGAAGCACCGCUCAUCCUGCCGGAGCCACUGCAGACGACCCGACUGCAGGAAGAGGCCGCCGAGCCCCCAGCGUCGACUCCGACCCGAUCGCCCGAGUAGUCUAUUUUUUGUCCUUGUUAUCCAUCUCCUGUUGAUAUCCUCCUCUCUGCUCGCAUGUUUCUUUUUCUCUCCUCGCAUGUUCCUUUUCUUCCUCUUUGGCAUGUCCCUUUCGUCUUCACAUCCUCUAUCUGAGCUCGAUUUCCUUGUCUGAUCUCCAAGUUGAAAUAGCAUGCAUUGGCAGGUUGAUGGCCAGCAAUGCUCAUUGUAUUGUACUGUACUGUACACGCAUAUAGAAAUUGGUCAAUGUCUACAU